AUGGAGGAGGAGCUCGAACGAGGCGAUCGCCCCGGCGAGACUGAGGAUGAGGCAGAUGGCGGUCUAAGGGAAGUUUCCCGGACGACGGCAGCGUCUGGCCCCCCACCACCGACGAGUGAGAGUGUUGCUCGCGGGCGUCGGACGAACGUGGAAACUUCCGCGAACGGACGGCGCCGCGCCCGCGCGCUCUCUCUGCCGAGGCGACGGAUCGAGCCGCCGAUCCACCUGACAAAGGAGGAACUCUCCGCCGCCAUGGCCAUGCUGACUCCCGACGAGUACUGCAUCGCCGUGCAACGUCUGGCUAUGGGAACAGACGCGGAUAGGGUGGAGGUGAUAACGAGACUCCGGUCUCGGUUACCUGCGUCUCGCGACAGUCAUUUGCCUGUCGCAGUUGCCACGACAGCUGCCGCGCCAGCGCCAGCAGUCGCACCAGCCGUGGUGGCUACUGAAGCCGCCACGCCCUCACCGACGUCCAGGCUGGCAACACCUGACAAGCCUGUCGAGGUCGAGAAAACCUCGCGGAAGCGCCCAGCCGCGGCCGUAGAGGACACUCCCUCCCCCAAGGCAAGUUCCGGUCGCGCCAGGGGGAAGAAGAGGAGGGUACGCCGCAGAAUGACGACUGCGUCACCGAGGAAGCCGGAUGAAGAAGGCUUCAUCGCGCCCUCCCGUCGCCACACAGCGAAACCCAGGUCGUUUGGACCGGUGACGCCGGAACAGGUCGAGGCUGCAAACCGCUUUGCAGAUCUACCUGAGGUAGCCGAGACCGACGGGGACGGGACAACACCGAUUACGGCGACGAAACCGCCCCGCCGCCCUCCGCUGAUCACCAUUCACUGGAGUAAGGAGUACAGCGAACUCCGAGAGAUGCUGUACUCCAUCGCAAAACCGCUGAAGAUGUUCGCGGGGACAGACAUCUACAAGACAGCGCUGUCUGUUCCGCUCCCCGAUUCUGAAGAUGAGAGCUCCACCACCCCUCAGCCACGCGGACGAAGUGGGAAACAGAAGAGGAGGGCAACAGCCGCGACGUCCGCUGUUCGCAGCUCGCCGAUCGAGAAGAGGGCCAAGCAAGAUUUCGCCCCUUACGCUGAUGGUUUUGUCCCGGCCCGGCGCACUGCAAGACGCAUGCAGUCAUCGACGACGCUUCCAACUGCCGUCGCCAACUCAUUCGACGCGCUCGCUGACGCGCCGGACCAGUUGCCGCGCGAUCCUGCGCCAAAGAAAGACCCAUCUCCCGCCGGUGGUCCUCCAGCUUCGGCCGCCCUAUGGGGAACUGCAGAAGUUGUUGCGCAGCUGGACAACGGCCGUGUAUACUGUGAAGCCUGCCGGACGAGACCUGUGUGGAAGCGUGCCAUCGCUCGCCAACGUGGCCAAACACCAGCGCCACAUCCGAAGAAGCCAGCAACGAGACGGCCCGGCGUCUCUUUCGCGGCGGCAACGUCAGGGGCGCCCUCCGCCGUCCCGGCUGCGUCGGCUGCUCCUGCUCCUGCCGCGUCCGAUGCCGUGCCGAUACCUGAGGCUCCUGCGCCUCCACCACAGCUGCUAGUGGCGGACCCGGGUACUGCCUCUCCCGGGCCGUCGGCCAGACCGCGCCCCGUCAAUCGCCUGCGCGGGGGUCAGCGCCCCGUGGGUACCCAGCGCUCAGCACCGUCAGUCGAGCAGCCCCAGGUGGACUCUCACAACGAGUCAGCCACGCCUCCCCCUUCCAGCGACGGGGCCGCGCCGGCUGCCUCCACCGCUGACCUGGCCAACCUCGUCGCGCAGCUCACUGCCUUGGUGACCAGUGCUACGAAAUUGAUUGAAGCCCUGUCGCAGCAACUCACCGCUGCAGUGCCGCUGGCCUCUCCGGCCCCGACCGCUGUCAACACUCACCAGCUGCACCAUGGGCAGCGUUAG